ACUCGAGUCCUUGCGAAAGACGAAUGACCCGACUCUUCUCUCACUGAACUACAGGAUGGACACCGCCGAUUCCGAAUGUUGUGGCCCUUCCAUCAAAGCUCUCGGUUCGCUUUUCAAGCUCACCCAAGUCUACCUAUGGGACGAUGGUGCGCAGGUUUCAUCAUUAGCCGAGCGCUCUAGACCGACUGAAGCUGAUGACGGUAAAGGCUUACACUUCGUUCCUUCAACUGAAGAUAUGGAAUUUACAAGGCAGAUGAGUGCAUUGGGGCUUCCUCUUUCCUUUCACACAAAUAAGGAGAGAAAUGGACAACUAAAAGGCAAAAGAAAGGGUAAACGUAGUCAUCAAAAACCUGUAGAUGAAGCACUUUCCAGAGUGAAUGUAGAGGAGGUUGUAUCUCCUGACAUUUAUUAUCAUAAUACAAGUAAUUCUUUAUCAUGUAUAUCAAUGAUGGGUGAAAGCAAAUCGUGUCAUUGUGAUGGUUCAGUGGGUGCUGAUAGCUCUCAAUGUGUCUCUGGUGAGGGUGACAAUGCAGCAAUUUAUACUGGUGUUUUGUCUGAUGUUAUCAGGGAGCAACAUGACGAUGACAAAAAGGAUGAUGUGACUGAUGUCGCUCGGGAUGGUGACUUAUUGAUUAGAAAUAUUUCUUUAUGUGAUGAUUUGAAAGUUGCAUCAAGUUCACCUGUUGGAUCUUCUGCUGGAGGUAGAGACAGUUUGACAGUUUCCGAUGCCAACCUUUGCAGAAUAGAAGGUGGUGAACAGUUGAUUGAUCAUAAAUGCUUGGAAGUUGCGUCAAUUGUUUGCAAAGAUACAGAACAUGAGACCUUUUGCAAUGGUGACAGUGUUAUUUUGCAGUCAACUUCAUUUCCUGUGAGUUCAGAAGGAAUUGGAGGUGACAUGGUUGCUGACUCAAGUGACUGCGGUGAACUUGGAGAAUGGAUGGUGUAUUGGGAUACUUUUUAUGAGAGAAGCUACUUUUACAAUAUCAGAACACAAGAAGCCACAUGGCACCCACCCCCGGGGAUGGAGCAUCUAGCAACUGGUGGUUGUACAGAAAUGGAUAAUGGUGGCACUGUAGCAGCAACAGAGGAGCAUGCUUCUCAGAACAAGACUAACACCGUUGAGGAAGCUUUGAUUGUAGAGGAAUUAGCUAAACAAGAUUUGUGUUCAACUGACACUGGAUUUAGUUCUGACAAUGUGAUCUCUGAUAUCAAUAUACAGAGUGAAGGCCAGUCCUUUGAAUUGAUUGAGAGUCGUAGUUGUGAUGAUGGGGUUUCAUUCUGCUUAAUGUCAGAUGCCCCGGAUUAUAACAUAUGCUCUCACAAAAGAUGCAUCAAGCCAACUUCUGAGGGUAAUGACACAUGCUUGGAUAUCACCGUUCCUACUGUGAAUGGGUUGCAUGCUAAGUCUGAUCCUUCCAUGAAAAUACAGGAAAGGACCAUGAAAAGAAAACCAAGACAGAGACGACUGUAUGAUGAAACUGAAGGUUGCCAGUUUCAAGAAUUGCAUGAAGAGUAUUCUGCUGCUAUUGGGAAAUAUUGGCAUCAGAGAUAUAGUUUAUUUUCUAGAUUUGAUCAUGGUAUAAGAAUGGACGAGGAAGGAUGGUUUUCUGUCACUCCAGAGCUUAUUGCUCAGCAUCAUGCAUUACGUUGUGCUAGUGGCAUCAUAGUUGAUUGUUUCACAGGGGUUGGUGGAAAUGCCAUCCAAUUUGCGCAAUGUUGCAGACAUGUGAUAGCAAUUGAUGUUGAUCCAAGGAAGAUUGAUUAUGCAACGCAUAAUGCUGCUAUCUAUGGAGUGGGUGACCAAAUUGACUUCAUUAUAGGAGAUUUUUUCCUUUUGGCACCGAAGUUAAAGGCUGAUACUGUUUUCCUAUCUCCUCCUUGGGGGGGACCUGAUUAUGCUAAAGUUAUGACUUAUGACAUGAAGACGAUGCUUAAACCACAUGAUGGAUAUGUUCUCUUCCAAGCUGCAAAGGAAAUUGCCUCUAGAGUUGUCAUGUUCCUGCCGAGAAAUAUUGACGUGAACCAAUUGGCAGAAUUAUCUCUAUCAGCCUGUCCUCCAUGGUCUUUAGAGGUGGAGAAAGUCUUCUUGAAUGGUAAACUGAAGGCAGUUACUGCUUACUUCAGUGAUACAACAGUUGGAGGGUGCUGAGUACAACUCUUCUGGUUCUCUUUCAUUACAUGAACAACAUUUUGCUCCGUAGUGGAAAGAAAUCAGUUUGAUUAGCCCAUGUUAUAUUGAAGUUGUAGCUGUGGAGUUCGAUAAAUGUUCUUGUUCUCUUUGUAAAUGACAACAAUAGAUGUCUUGAUUUAUCUUGUAUUAGCACAGUUAAAUUAUUACACCGGGCCUAAUUUAGCAAGGAUUUUUCUUUCGUUGAUUAUCAA